AUUGUAGUGAUUGUUCUGCGCAUGCGCGACUCCAGUAUAGCACUGUUGAGGUCGAAUUUGUCCAAGGCGAAUAAAAGGCAGAAAUAUGCCUGAAGACCAUAAUAAAGAUGUGUACUCGGAGCCUGCACCGCGGACUCCGGUUGCGGAUAAACAGACUGCGUUGCCAAAUCCAGCCCUGAUUGUGUCUAAACUCUUCUAUUACUCCGUGGACCUGCCUGUCACCUCAUUCAGAGGUGUUGUUGAGAGCUUUCGGACUAAGAACAAGGCCGUGUACUACCACCAGAAGUACCGCCGUGUUCCUGAUUUAACAGAGUGUGAGGAGGGGGAUUAUACCUGCUACUUCGAGGCUGAGAUGCAGUGGAGGAGAGACUACAAAGUUGACCAGGAGAUUGUGAAGGUGGUCCAGGAGCGUUUUCGAGCCUGCCAGCAGAGAGAGGGAUCCAGCUCCCAACAGAACUGUGCGAAAGAAAUGCAGCUGCUCACCGAGACAUCCGCUAACUUUAGGUCACGCUAUGAAGACCUGGGAGCGUAUGCAAGUGCAAGGAAAUGUCUAAUGAAGCAGAAAGAAAGAAUGAUGGCUGCCCAGGUCCAGAACGCUUAAGAGUGGUUCCCUACUAUCUGUGCUGUGUAAAGAUUGUAAAAUAAAGUUUAUGUGAUAAAUCGUG